AUGGGUAUGUGUUCAAAGGAACCCCCCCAUCACCGCUGUGAAGGGGAAGAAGGGGGACGAAUAUAUCGAGAUGUCACUUGAACAGCUCUAGCAAGAGAAGACAGCAUGGAGGAAUCAGAGUGAAACAAAAAUAAGAGAAAAGUCAACUCAUAGACAUCACAGUCUCACGACUUUAUAUCCAAGAUGACGAGUUUUGAUUCCAACGCAGCUUUUAUAUUGAAAUGAACCACGGAAUCGAUCAAAGUGAUGAGUGACGGAAAGAUAUCACGGACAAAUUACUAACUCCACGAUUUUUUUUUUCUUAUAGGUAGAGUCAUUCGUAAUCAAAGAAAAGGUGCUGGUUCCAUUUUCACUUCUCACACCAGAUUGAGAAAAGGUGCAGCCAAGUUGAGAACCUUGGACUAUGCCGAACGCCACGGAUACAUCCGUGGUGUCGUCAAGCAAAUCAUCCACGAUCCAGGUAGAGGUGCUCCAUUGGCCAAGGUUGCAUUCAGAGACCCAUACAGAUACAAAUUGAGAGAAGAAACGUUUAUCGCCAACGAAGGUGUCUACACCGGUCAGUUUAUCUAUGCUGGUAAGAAGGCCUCCUUGAAUGUCGGUAACAUUUUGCCCUUGGGUGCCUGCCCAGAAGGUACCAUUGUCUCCAACGUUGAGGAAAAAAUUGGUGACAGAGGUGCCUUGGGUAGAACCUCCGGUAACUACGUGAUCAUCAUUGGGCACAACCCAGAUGAAAACAAGACAAGAGUCAAAUUGCCUUCAGGUGCCAAGAAGAUCAUCUCCUCCGACGCUAGAGGUGUCAUUGGUGUUGUUGCCGGUGGUGGUAGAAUCGAUAAACCAUUGUUGAAGGCCGGUAGAGCUUACCACAAAUACAAGGUGAAGAGAAACUCAUGGCCAAAGACCAGAGGUGUCGCUAUGAACCCAGUUGAUCACCCUCACGGUGGUGGUAACCAUCAGCACAUUGGUAAGGCCUCCACUAUUUCUAGAGGUGCUGUUUCUGGUCAAAAAGCUGGUUUAAUUGCUGCUAGAAGAACUGGUUUGUUGCGUGGUACUCAAAAGACUUCCGAUUAA